ACAGGAAGGCAAAACAGUUAAAUGGCAGGUUACAGAUAUUUCCAUUUGACUGUAUUUUGAUGGAUGAACUCAAUGCGUCCCAGCGCACUGCAGCAAAAACCCCUCACUUAUGCACUUUUCUCAGAUAUGCAUUACCUUUUCACUUUUCUCUCGUGUUUAAACAUUGUCCAAGUUCAAACCUUCAGACGCAGAUUCCAAAACGCUGCUAAAAAAGUGCAAAAUGGAACUAGAAACUCGUGUGAAAGGUGAACCGCUACCGCACUGAUGUUAGCUGACAUUUGUUUGGAACAGUUUUCUGUGGUGUCGCGCGUACAUAAACAACGGGUGGAAUUGUUCCGUUUUGUUUUUAGUUUCCGUUACAUUUAGGGAGAUGUUCUUGGAGGGUGGUUCUGUUUCUGUUGAUUAUCAGAUCUGUUGUCUGAAGAGCUGCAGAGCAUCAGUCAGUUCCCUUGCCAAAAGCGCGUUCGGUGUGGAUUCUGGAAGUUUUGACCUGUCAUUUGUGGGGUUUUCCCAGUGUUGAUGGUAAUCAGGUGCUGUUAUGUUGAAGAAUGAACCAAGAGUAAUUAAGGCUGACUACUAGGCAGAGUCCCGGAGAUAUCAGCAGCAAGCCUACAGGCCCGCCCGCAGCCUCCCACCCCCAAGCCGGCCGAGCCCGGAACCCAGCGACCCGGGACCCAGGGGCGGCCAGCCCUGUCAGGGACCCAGCAGAGCCCAGGGACCCAGAUCCCACCAGGCAGCCACCGGGAUUGAUCAGGCAGACGCCAGAAAUCUUAAACUCCUUGACCCGGGAGCCACGAACAGCAUCAUCAGUUCCCAGAGUUGGCCUCUUUCUGCUGGGGUGAUGAUGAGCAGGCACCCUCGCCCAAUGCUGAGCAAAGCAACCCAUCACCCCAGACCCCAACCAUUUCACUAUAUUAACAGAUGACUGUUGUCUCAUAUUUAUUUCACACAUGAAGUGAAAUAAGCCUUUUCUAAGUUUCUGGGGAAAGGGGUGAUGUCUGAGAACUUUGUUAACGCCUGAUACACUUUCUGGCUUCUGAUUGGUCCAAAACUUUUUAGAAGAUUAGUCACUUCCUCUAAAACUGAAUUCAAGCAAGCCUUCAUGCUAAAUGCUUCUCUCGUUGGUGGAUCAGACCGGGUCUUUCAACAGAAUAUUUUAGCGGUGACGAGUCAUCCUUUUUCAGGACCAACCAACUUUAGUUAAAACUCCCACCAGAGCCGCCAGCACUGGUGGUAAGAAUUCAGAUCAUGUGCCAUUAAAAUUCUCAGCUGAUAUUACGUUGAAUAACCAUUUAUCUGUAAUUAUCCUGUGUGAUCAUUAGUCGUAGAAACUGUAAGUAAGAACUGUAUUUUUAUAAACUAUAUUUUGCUUAUUAUAAGUGUUGGUUCCCUGGCAUACCCAAAGUACCUAUUCAUAUCAUCAUUCGAAAUUUAAAUGUUAAAUAUUAUUGAUAAUCCAUAUUUUAUGGAUUAUUACUAGGGAUGGACACUAUAUCUGCAUCAAUAUCGGUAUUGGCCAAUGUUAGUCAUUUUUUAACACAUCGUAACAGUUCAAUAAAUAAAACCGGGCCGAUAUUAACAACCGAUAUUUUUUCCAUCUCGUCUCCAUUUGUUUGCCUGUUUCAGAGGGUGAGAGGUGUGAUGUGUAGUUGUUUAGUCAUAUGAACAGUGAAUGAAAUGAUCUCAGAACCAUAAGUGUGUGUGUGUACAUAACAUAAAUUCACCUUUAAUUAUUUUCAUUCUAUACAAAAUCUGCCAAUUUUAGAAGCAACAAUGUCAGUAUGUCGGUAUCAAAGUGAUCUUAAUAUCGGUAUCGGCCUAAAUAUUACAUAUCUGUGCAUCACUAAACACUUUAUUGACUACCUUUAUAUUUUAAUGACAGUUUAUUAAAAGUAACCACUUACAAAACAUUACACCAUUAUGUGUCAGUGCAAGAGCUUUCCAACCGGCUUCCAGAGUGUGAUGGUGACAUGCUCCGAUUUUAACUAUCCGUCGAAAGGGAAGGACACCACAAGCUUGUGAUUGGUCAGGACGCUGCCCCCUCAAAAAUGUAAAGAUAUUUAGUGGCCGACAUGGAACAGAUUGAAGAACACAUCACGGGAAAAGUAUGAAAAUAUGAACGUUUAUUCACGCGUGACUGAUGGAAUAUGAAGAUAUGCAGCAAGUGUUUUAUUGGUUUGCAUGAAGAGGUGGAUGGGGAAAAAACUGGUUUGUGUUCAAAGUCUCAGAAAUACUUUAAAACAGUGUAAACACAAUCUUCUGGACCGGUUACAUGACUGUGAUGGUGGCAGGAUACCUGAGAAUAUGCCCUCUGUUGUCCUGGCGGGGAAUUGUUUAGCAACAAACCCCAGCUGACGGAGGAAUCUCAGAGCGGAACGUAUCUGUCAGUGCGUGUGCGUCUCUCCCUCGCCGAGCUGACAGAGAAGUAUAAAUUAUGCUUAAACGUCCUCGAGGCCAGCUCUACAACGUGUUUAAUUGAAACCACUGUAAUCUGUUCAGUUUUAAUGUAAACUUGUUCCUGUGUCAUGGUCUUAACUGUGUUUGAUACGUGCUGCAGCCAUAUCUCAGUUGGGUCAUGGUUAAACAAAGAUUAAGGAUCGUGGACUUUAGGCAGUCUGUUCAACCCCGCCGUUGUGGUCAGAGUCGAGUCUUUGACCAUGCAGAAAGUUCUUCCUUCAGUUCUAGUUUUUCCCACUUGCUUGUCCUUUUAUCUGGAGACGCUUUAUCAAACAUCGGCAUUGAACUGGCUUUACUUGGUCCAAUAUUCUGUUCCUGCCAUCGACAUAAAAAUAUGGACAUAGCCUGCCAAUCGCUCCGCCGGGGCACAAGUUGAAGCCAAAUAUGGGAGGUUUUCCCUGACUGAGUCCCGCCCAGGCAAUCCAAAAACGGGAAAAGAGGUGGGGCUGAGGGUGGGGCUGCUACGUUUAGAACAGGGUUGGAACAAAUGAAAUCAACGUAGCUACUAGCUAACCCUCACUGUGCUGAUGAAUGUGAUUUGUGUUUUGUCAUUCGGAGACACGCCAGACUAGUUCCAAAUGUACAGUUGAGUUCUUCUUAAGCACAGACUCCUCUAUCAUGGUUACAUAACUCUACAACACAGCACGGCUUUCUUUACACAAACGUAUUGAUGUGUUUGCGUUGUGUCAGCCAAUGCAGUCCUACAGCAUCCACACGUCGUCGUCGUCUUCGUCAUCACCAUCACCAGCCUUAACCUUCCUUUGAGGCCCAAAGGGCUGUGCACGACAAGAUAUUAAAUGUUGCAGAUACACAAGUGCUUUUUUUACUUUCUACCUUGUAAAAACACCAAAGCAUAUAAAUUAGUUUUUAGUUUCUUUUUAAAAAUCUUCAAUAUCUGUGCUUGUCUGAUCCCAAGGGGCAACUGAUUCCACAUCCUGAAUGGCCCUAUCACCUGGCCUUACGUUUGGUCUGUGGGACAAGCAGUAAACCCAGAUCUGCAGACACUAGUGGGCCAUGAAGGGGAAGGGAUCAGACAAGAAGAGAGGUGACAUCAGUCAUUGAGGCUCUGGAUGGUUUACUAGAACCUCUUUGGAGAUGAUCACUCCUACUCUUGUGUCCACCUGUGGGUCCUUGGGUUACCACUGCCUCUAGAAACAGCUAGCUGCAGCCGUCUCAACAACUGCAGAGCAGAACAAGGACCUUUCAGACUACGUCCCUCAUGCAAGCAGUAAGGGACGUCUGUGUCCCUCCUGAGACCAGUAGGGGACAUUGAGGCUUAGCAUAUUUCCUCAUUAGCCUGAGGAGCUAGCAGAAACUGGAUCAGAGGACAACCCCAUGCUGAGAUGAGGAACCCCCCCUUCCCACAGAGCUGGAUCCACUUCUCUCUGCCAUCUCUCUCCUGUUUAUUUUUAGAUUUGGCUCCUCCUCCCCUCUAACAGGCUAUUUUCAGCCCCAAUCCCUCCAUCCAUCCAUCCGUACGACCUCAGAGGAAACAAACGGAGCUCAGACGUUUCAUUACUGCUGAAAAUAAAUCCCCUGAGUUAGCGUAGCUCUACUUCUUCAUGUUUAUGACCGAGUAAAAGUAAGGAGUAGUCGUCCAGAAUCACGACUCCACUAACACAGGCGCUGCUCCAGGUUUUAUUUCUGGAUGGGCCGUAAUUAAACAAGUUAUCAUCAGUAUACGUUACAACAGGUACAGGAACAUGACCUACAGCAGGGUAGACAUGUUUGUUUUCAGUUUGACCGACAGAGUUAAAAACGGUCACGAUCGUUUCCUCCCGUCAUUUUCAUUAAAUUUUCAUUCAUUUGUCAGUAUUUAGUCUAAACAAGCAACAUAUUAAUGUUACAGUGACACAAUUUCCCUUAAAGUAGGAACUUUUACCUGCUGUGUUCUGGUUCUGCUGCUGGGCUGUGACCCGCAGACUCCGAGCUGCUCUCCACAGCUCCUCAGAGCGCUGAUGGCGAGCUGCACUGAUCAUGGUGUCCAGAGAACUCGGAUGUUCUGAUGGGAAUCUUUUGAUGUAUUUUGUUACCUCCAUAAUGUUCUCUGUGCGUGACGUUUAACGUGUCCGCACACCUGCAUGUGUCGGGGUGAUUCCAGUCUGUCAGAAUGCCCAACAGCCUUAAAGUGACAGUGUGUAUUUCCCUGGCAGUAGGGGGCAGUGCAUACCUAAACCACUGCAUGCAAGCAGUAUUUUGUGUUCAAAUAAGACCUUUUCAACGGAUGGCCAUGAGGGUCAAAACUCCCUGGGAGUGCAGCCUCCAGCAAAAUAACCAGAACAUCAGAUUCCCUUUCAUCACUGGCAACGAGUGAAGAGGUAAAGGUGUAAAGCAGCAAUGUUUAUUAAUGGUGAAAGUAAGCAUUUAUUACAAAUCAGCAAAUGCAUUAUGUCCACACGGGCUUCCGUAGAAGGUAGCAAGGCAUCCAAUAUGGCGUCGCCCAGAGCCCGUUAGACCCGCUCCAUGUAUUUUAGAACAGAUUUUUAUGGUUACAUGUUAUGAAACUGCCAAUAUGUUUCAACAACUGUGUAUCUUUGAUUUCAUUUACUACAACAUUCCGAUGGAUAUUUCCAGAGAUGAAUGCUAAAAACUACACAUUGUCACUUUAAGGUUUCUCCGUCAAAAUAAACGUUAAAACAUGGAAAAUAUCCGGUUGAGACGAUCCCAGCCCACAUUUAACUUUUUUACCUUCUUGUGAAGAGGCAGCCCUUCACACAACAGGAGUCCUGCAGGUUUAUAAGCUCACAACACAAAACGACCAACACUUCCUUUGUUUAUACACCUAGCUUCCCAUCAUGCAACUCGCUACAGCACCCGAUACGUCCCCUGACAAGGACCGAUUUAACUUCUUUCCCACCCAGUGAUCUACGCUGAGCCUUUCUCUCCUCCUCAGCUUCCUCCCCUCUCUCCUCCCUCUCCAUUCAUUCAGCAGCUCAGAGCGUCAGCGAGUGUACACACCAGCAGCCCUCAGACGGAUGGUGUCAGCUACCUCUCCUCCCACACAGAGCUUCUCUUUUUCUGUGUUUUCAGGACUAGAAUCUGACGUUCCAGUUUCUCAGGAUUCAACACUCUCCUCAAGCCUAGCUCUCCCCUCCUCCCCUUUCUCUCUCCUUCUGUUAUUCUCUCAUUGCGUCGUUCUAAUUUUGGAAACAUGGAACCUCGGAGAGCGCUCUCCCAGAGCUAUUUAUGUCCUUGCCUUUCCUCCUCCCCGCCUUCCUUGUCAUCCUCCUUUUACUCCGUUCCUGUUGUCGACCAGGAGAACAGCGAGAGGAUCCUUUGAUGCACUCAGGCUCACUGUGGGAAUUUGGCGUCUCCGUGGUCCUGUUUUUGUUGUUGAUUGCAGCAGCUCUCCGGCUGAUGGAGUUGUUUCUGACUCUCGCUGCUUGUCAUCCGUCUGCCUGCUGUGGGAUGAACUGAAACAGCACACUGCACCAGAAAAAAACCAACUUUCUAACCUCAUCUGAAGGCAUCUCACAGAUUUUCUGCAACAGCCUCCAUUUCAGUAAUCAACAGGACUCGGGACCUUCUACUCCAUCUUUGGCCCAAUCCUUUAAUCCCUGCAGUGAGGACUUACUGGAAUUAUCUGCUACAAUGAUCUUAUGAGAAGUUUGCAGGAGGUGGAGGAGGCUGAUCAGAGGAGCUUGCACUGACCGGCCGGAGACUCAUACGGAAAUUGGGAGCUUCAAUCUAUAUAUUCUUCAUGAAGAAACCAUUGUAGUUUUAUGGUUAGAGCACAUGACAUUUAGAUGCAUGUAUCCCUUUAACAAGUAACUCCGUCUAAAGGGUUGGCUUCAUGGUUAUCCUCGUCUUUGGCAGCUGAAGUGAAAGUCAUGCUGGCAUCUAGCAAGAAAAGGACUCGGAGUUUUUAAAUAAACGUUGUCUUGGUAUGCUGGUACACCCCACGGUGUCAGGACUGUGUGCCAUGUUGCAGACCAUCUACGAGACCGAGUCGUGUUUCUCCUCUGCAAGCACAGACAGCUGUCAUCAGCCUCUGGAGCUCCUGAGCAGCAGUCGAAGCUCCGGCACUGCCAUGCCCACUGCUGGCCUUUUCAAACGGCACUACUCUGCGUGACUCGGGUUGCUGCGGUUCGAUCUGGUUUCCUUUUCCAACAGCACAAUCAGUGAUGGAGGUGAAGAGCCUCCCAGAAGGCAUGCAGAGUCCAACAGGAGCAGCCGGCGAGCAGAGAGCAGCAAGUGGAGAAGCUGGUAGUAGUCCUGGAGAAGGCCCUGGAGGUGGUGGAGGCCCAGUGGACCUUCGAACCGAGCCUAGGGUGGGGACUCUAUCUGGUGGUGCAGCAGUGGAUACAGCACUGAGAGAACAGCAGCUUCAGCAAGAACUUGUGCUACUGAAACAGCAGCAAGAACUCCAGAAACAGCUGCUGUUUGCAGAGUUUCAGAAAAAACACGAAGUUCUGACACGGCAACACGAGGUCCAGCUGCAGGAACAUUUAAAGCAACAACAAGAGCUGUUGGCAGCAAAGCGGCAGCAAGAGCUGGAGCAGAAAAGGAAACUGGAGCAACAAAGACACGAAGAACAGGAGAAACAAAGAUUGGAGCAACAGUUGCUGCUGCUGAGGAACAAGGAGAAGGGCAAAGAGAGUGCCAUUGCCAGUACAGAGGUGAAGCUGAAGCUGCAGGAGUUUCUGCUCAGUAAGAAAGAGCCAUGUCCCAGUGGACUCAACCAUUCCUUCUCCCCAAAGUGCUGGGGGGCCCAGCACACCUCCUUGGAGCAGAGCUCCCCCCCACAGAGCAAUACCCCUGGAACUCCCCCCUCAUAUAAACUCCCUUCACUACUGGGAACCUACGAUGGCAAAGACGACUUUCCCCUCCGAAAAACAGUCUCAGAACCAAACCUGAAGGUGCGCUCUCGGUUAAAGCAGAAGGUGGCAGAGCGGCGCAGCUCUCCGCUCCUCCGCAGGAAGGAUGGAACUGUCAUCAGCACCUUCAAGAAAAGGGCCAUUGAGAUCUCAGUGUCCUCUCUGUGUAAUAGCGCUCCAGGCUCUGGUCCCAGCAGUCCCAACAGCUCCAACUCUGCUAUUGCCAAUGGCAACACAGGGUCCGUUCCAAACAUACAGUCGGAGCUGAGAUCUCUCCACCAGACGCUGGGGGCUGAUGGAACAUUGAGUCCACUGAGUCUUUACACCUCACCCUCUCUCCCCAACAUCUCCCUGGGCCUCCCUGCCAACACACACAUGACGACCCCCCAGAAGCUGUCCACUCAGCAGGAAGCUGAGCGCCAGGCCGUCCAAUCACUACGAGGGGGUGGAGCUUUAACAGGGAAGUUCCUCUCCACCUCAUCACUACCAGCAGGUGUAGCACACGACGUAGAGAGUCCCACCCCCACUUCUCAUUCAGCCCAUUCCUCGUUGCUGCAGCACGUGCUGCUGCUGGAGCAGGCCAGGCAACAGACCGCUCUGCUAGUCCCCGUGUACAACCAGUCCCCGCUGGUUACAGCAGAGCGAGGCAUCACCGGGGGCAUGCGACCUGUUAGCAAGCUACCUCGCCAUCGGCCCCUUGCACGCACACAGAGUGCACCCUUACCCCAGUCCCCCCAAGCCCUGCAGCAGCUAGUGGUCCAACAGCAACACCAGCACUUCUUGGAGAAACACUACAAGAUUCUGUCAAAGGGGGUGGACCUUCCGAGGCCUCCACCCACUCACCCAGAGGAAACGGAGGAGGAGCUAUCAGAGACCAAUGACAUGCAGGAGGAUGACAGUGCAAGUCCAAACAGACUUCAAAAACAGGGAUCGGACGACAGCACUCAUUCAUCUGAGCGGCUGGGCGUGCACGUAAAGGGCGAGGAGGACCACAGGAGCAUGCAUGCCAAAGGGGAGAGUACAGAGAGUGAACUGGAUGAAGAAGAGGAGGACGAUGAUGUCAUCCAGUUGAGGGCGAGUGAGGAAGAGGAGAGGGGGGGCUUUAUGCAGCAUCCCUUGCAGCAGAUGGCGUUCCAGUCCUCGCUCUCCCACAGAGCUCUGGGAAGGACCAAGUCGUCACCUGCAGGUGGGGUCAGCCCCAUCAAGCACCUCUUCACUACUGGGCUGGUAUAUGACAGUCUGAUGCUGAAACAUCAGUGUGUGUGUGGCAAUGCUCACAUUCACCCAGAGCAUGCUGGAAGAGUCCAAAGCAUCUGGUCCAGACUGCAGGAGACCGGCUUGCUGAGCCGCUGUGAGAGGAUUCGUGGGAGGAAAGCGUCUGUGGAUGAGAUCCAGUCAGUCCACUCAGAGUUCCACACUCUGCUGUAUGGAACCAGUCCACUGAACCGGCACAAAUUGGACCACAAGAAGCUUUUGGGUCCCAUCAGCCAGAAGAUGUAUGCUGUUCUCCCGUGUGGAGGAAUAGGGGUGGACAGUGACACUGUGUGGAACGAGAUGCAUUCAUCAGCGGCGGUCCGCAUGGCGGUGGGCUCGGUUAUUGAACUGGCUUUUAAAGUGGCUGGAGGGGAGCUGAAGAAUGGCUUUGCAGUGGUGCGCCCACCUGGUCACCAUGCUGAGGAGUCCACAGCUAUGGGGUUUUGUUUCUUCAACUCGGUAGCCAUCACUGCCAAGCUGCUGCAGCAGAAACUUGGAGUGGGAAAGAUCCUGAUUGUGGACUGGGACAUUCACCAUGGCAACGGCACCCAGCAGGCCUUCUACAACGAUCCCAGCGUCCUCUACAUCUCCCUCCAUCGGUACGAUGAUGGAAACUUUUUCCCUGGCAGCGGAGCUCCAGAGGAGGUGGGCUCAGGUGCAGGUGUUGGCUUUAAUGUGAACAUAGCCUGGAUUGGAGGAGUGGAGCCCCCUAUGGGUGAUGUGGAGUACCUCACAGCCUUCAGGACGGUGGUAAUGCCCAUUGCCCAGCAGUUCAGUCCAGACAUCGUCCUGGUGUCUGCAGGUUUUGAUGCAGUGGAAGGUCACCAGUCUCCUCUGGGCGGCUACAACGUCUCUGCCAAGUGUUUUGGCCAGCUGACCAAGCUGCUGAUGGAUCUGGCAGGUGGGCGUGUCGUCAUGGCCCUGGAAGGUGGCCAUGACCUCACUGCUAUCUGUGAUGCAUCUGAAGCUUGUGUCUCUGCACUCCUGGGAGACCUGUGUGACUCUGCGUUUCAGUGGUCUCAGGAGAAACCGUGUCCCAAGGCCUGGGCCUCUCUGGAGAGAGUCAUAGAGAUCCAGAGUCAACACUGGCCCUGUCUCCAGACUUUGUCUCAGACCAGUGGCUACGUCUUGAUGGAGACACCUGCGGGGACUCAGGGCCAAUCAGAGAAAGAUGAGGCAGAAACAGUCAGCGCCAUGGCCUCGCUGAGCGUUGAUGUAGAGCAACCAGGAUCAGCUGAACACACAGAAACCAGCAGAUCUGCAGAAGAGCCGAUGGAGGAAGAGCCUGUUCUCUAAGGAGAGCUCACACUAGAAGCACAGAGACACCUUCACCUCCUUUCUGCACCUCCCCUUCUCGUGCCUCCAGUGUGUAUGCAUACACGCAUCAGAUGGAACAAAGUCAUCGUGGAGGAAUCGGGCUGAGCAUUAAGGAGUCAGUCGAUGCCGAUGCAUCUGUUUUCUUUUGGGUCACCAACCUGCGGAGGGCGGGCGACUUGUUGGCUUCUCCAUGGAAACCAAAGGGAAGGGAAUGCCACCUGUACACAGCUGUUUCACCCCCCGUUAUUCUUUAUACGGUUUGUUUAAAUGUCCGACACCACGCUGACGUCUGGUCUGCCUGAGUGUCCAUCAGAGACGAGCUGGGAAGACACAUGGUCACCCUGAGAUCAGAUUUACAGUUGGGAGGAGAAACUAAAAGGUGCCUUUUUCUGUCCAAAAGACACUAAUCAUCUAACCACUGCCGUAGCACCUCAGCCAACACACACACUGCUGUUGUUUCAGUCUCUCUCUCUUCAUCUGGAUGCCUUAGUUUGUCCCUAUUGAACCAACCAGAAGCUGGAUGGAGACGUGACAGCUGCAUUUAUUUGGUUGCUACCAUCUUAGGUGUUCUGUAGACAUGAAGAGCUUCUGAAGCUCCUCAUCUCCAGUCAAAACGCUCUUCUGAAUGUCUGGGAAGAUGGGAGCAACUUUCAAGGAUUCUGAAGAAAACUUCUCAGGACCCGAUCUAUUGAACUCUUCAGACCUCUUUCACAGUUUUCAGUGAGUCAGCUGAUGACCUGAGCCACACCCCCUUCCUCCAAAGAGGAGAUGCCACCUGGAGGAAGUAACCAACAUUUCCUGUUUGGUGUAAAUAAUGUCUGUUGUUCUGCUGCUGGUGGCCGCAUCACAGCACGUGUCGUGUGUUUUUUCUAUAUCUGUACAUACUUACAUGUAUAAAGUACACAACACGUUCUCCUUUUGUAUAAAAACAAAAACUUAUAUUCUAUCUAAUGUAUAAACAAGCUAAGGAGAUUUCAGUUUUGGCUGUUUGACAGGAAGUUAGCACAUACAUUUAUAUCAUCACCACAGCCUGUUUGUUUGUUUACAGAUGUUGAUUGUGAUUGGAUCAGAUGGAACUGAAGCCUCUUCCACACUGAAGGCGGAACGGAUGCGGUGCAGUUUCUGUACGGCCUCCACAAAGAUCAAAAACCACCAGUCCGAACAUUCCCUCCGGCUGCGGUGUGCUCACAUCCACAUACGGAGCUCCGGACCGUUUCCAGGUGCUGCGUGUGGAUUGUCAUGAAGUUACAUUUUAUAAGCCAGACAGGAAGUGAGACAUGCUUCAGCGAGGCGGAUCUGGUAUGGGAUCAGGUCAGAUGUGAUAGUUCAGGUUAUUUUACAGGUUGGCGUAGAAGCCAUUUGUAAUCAUUCGAUGGGAGCAGCUAUCUGGAAACGUUCAGAACACCAAUCACAGUCGGUGUGAACAAGUCCGUCUAGAUGUACAGAAACCGGACUGCCUCCGUCCCACGCCCGGUGUGAAACAGGAUUAAGAGGUCCCGAACCCCCAACCCUGAUUCUAAAGACAUAACGGUGUAGAAGACAACGGCCAUAAGGGGUUUAGAGGAUGGAGCCUGAAUGUGGUCUUCAUCAGUCCUGAACCACCUCAGCUUGAUCCUCUGAACUCUUCGGGUUAACUCUUUGUGCCAAACUGAGUUGUACUCCACAUUUUCCAACAUCAAAGCGCUACUAAAAUGUACGCAUCUGCAUCACCUAGCAGCUUUGACUGCAUUUUGGUGCUGAGCGGGAAGGAAGGGGCUGGCUGCAGUCGGGAGUGGCUGUCUCUGGGAUGUUCAGGCUCAUUUCUGAUCACCUGGCCAAAGACAGCUCAGAUAUGACUUCCACUCACCGAUGGAGGAGUUUGCUUCCUGGGUUUAUCUUAAGAGCAGAGCUGUGGUGGAGGUAGAUUCGGUAGAGCAGACAAGUGCUGCAGGUUCAGCUGGUGUUUAUGUCCAUCUGUUUGGACAAACCUACAAUGGACAUAGGGGUCAGAUGGGAACAGGACACAGCUGUUGUGUCCCACAGCAGGAACCUAGUGCCACCUUGUGGCCGCAACAGAAGCUGCAGCCUCAUGAAGUGUUCCUCCUGGCACAGUAAGCUCGAAUGUUUGGCUCAAGAAUCAUGAAACCUCAGCAGAUCUAGACCGAGUCUAAACGUUUCUUCAGGGGGUUCUGACCUCACAGAGGUCCAGACUUCUUCUCAGGUGGCUUCAGCUCAGAGUUGCUCCAGGAAAAUGGAAUCCUGAAGAUCGUUUUAACCUCUGACCCCUGAUAGAAAUGAUGUGAAGAUGUCUCUAGGGUUUAGAGGUCACCAAGCAGAAAAAUCACACACACUCACACAGAGCCUGCCCCCCCUCACUACAAUUCUUAAGGGGGGGUUCCAGCUUUUUCUUGACGAGAACAUUCCUGACCCCUGGUGUACGUAUUGCCGUUUCCUCUGGAUUCUUUACUGUUGUGACGAUUAAUGUCAGCUGACUCACGUGUACAUAAGCUGCAGACGUGCAAUACACACUCAUUAAGUAAUCUUACCGUGACAAAUGAGAACGGUCACCUUUGUGCUGCAGAACGACUCACCAGUCUGGUUCAGCUUUGUGGACACUGUAACGAAGCCCUUUUUAAUCACUCACCGUAACGUGACACCGACUCUGUGUUUGUUGUUUUUUAAGUGGACUUGUUUCAUUUGUCUGGAAACUCAAUAAAGCUAUUCACAGGCCUUUGCA